AUGUGGUCUCAAUUAAAUUUUAAUCCGCAACGAACACCAGAAGUACUAGUUUUGAGAAAACCAGAAAAGAAAGCAGAACACGUAACCGUCAAACCAAGAUUAAAAUACAUUUUACUGUGGACAUUGAAAACCAGAGAUCCCGUGAAAUAUUUAGGUACAGGAAAAAAUACAUUUAUAAACAGAAAAUGCUCAAGCGUGGAAUGUUACGUAUCGACCGAUAGAAACUUUCUAAAGAAUGUAACAAAAUUCGAUGUUAUUGUAUUUCAUAGUUCCGAUAUAAGAGACUUUGAUUUACCAACGUCACGGUCACCACAUCAAAAAUACGUUUUCGCCAGCAUGGAAUCAGCAGAUUACUAUCCGUUCUGUAAUACAAUGUACAAUGAUUUUUUUAACUGGACUUGGACCUACAAAUUAAACUCUGAUGAGCAGUACUCUUACAUUACUAUUACAGAUACUAAUGGUACUAUAGUUGGCCCUAGAGAAUUUAUGCAUUGGAAACAAAUUGAAGAUAUGGACCCUAUUGACAAUGUGUUAAAAAACAAAUUAAGUAGAAAAAAAAUAGCUGCAGCUUGGUUUGUAUCAAACUGUCAUUCGCAUAGUAAGAGAGAACUUUUAGCCAUUGACCUGAUGGCUGAGUUGCAGAAAUAUAAUUUGAUACUAGACAUUUAUGGACAAUGUGGAUCAAAAACAUGCCCACGGUCUGAUAUGUCGAAGUGCUGGCAGUUGUUAGAACAAGACUAUUAUUUCUACUUAUCGUUUGAGAACUCAUUUAGUCCGGACUAUGUGACAGAAAAGCUACUUCACGCUUUGCAACACUACACCAUACCCAUCGUUUUCGGUGGUGCUAAUUAUACAAGAUUUAUGCCUGAUGGAAUCUAUCUGGAUGCCACAAAACUUACGGUUCCUGAGUUGGCAAAGAAAAUGGCUGACAUAAUAAACAAUAAAGAAGAAUACUACAAUUAUUUCAAAUGGCACAAUCACUACUCUUAUCAUGAUUCGACUGAUUUUUCAGAAAGUGAUCCUUAUUGUAACUUUUGUUCAAUGGUUGAUGAUGAACAACGAUUUGAGGAAAAAAGUGUUUACGACGAUUUUUGCACUUGGUGGAGUACGCCUACGAGGUGCAGAGUUUAA